AUGGCAGAUCAGAUGGACUUAGAAUCUGAUGGCCCUCGUGGUAUCAAACGAACCGCUCAGGAGGCCGGCCUUCCCCCUGAAGCCCCUCGUCGGAUCAAGGCUCUUGAUCAAGAUGUGGUCAACAAGAUCGCUGCAGGCGAGAUCAUUGUCGCCCCCAUGCAUGCUUUGAAGGAGAUGCUUGAAAAUUCCAUUGAUGCAGGCUCAACCUCCAUCGAAAUCCUCGUCAAAGAAGGUGGGCUAAAGCUGUUGCAAAUCACCGACAAUGGACAUGGAAUCGAGAAAGAUGAUUUACCCAUUUUGUGUGAGCGAUUCACAACUUCGAAGCUGAAAAACUUCGAAGACCUGAUGGCCAUUGGAACCUAUGGCUUCCGAGGCGAAGCUUUGGCCAGUAUCAGUCAUAUUGCUCACCUCAAGGUCACUACAAAGACUGCAAACUCCAGUUGUGCAUGGCAAGCUCACUACUCAUCUGGGAAGCUCAUUCCAGCCAAACCAGGACAGAGUUCUGACCCAAAAGCAUGUGCUGGGAGACGAGGUACGCAGAUCACCGUCGAAGACUUGUUCUACAAUAUCCCCAACCGCCGAAGAGCUUUCAGAUCACCUUCAGAAGAAUAUGCAAAAGUCCUCGAGGUAAUAACUCGAUAUGCCGUUCAUCGUGAAGGUAUCGCUUUUUCAAUAAAGAAGCACGGGGAAACAAGUACUGGCUUUUCAGUUGCCUCGGCCGCAACGAAGCUAGAUCGCAUCAGACAAGCAUACGGGGCACUCAUCGCAAAAGAACUCGUCGAUUUUGCGAUUGAAGAUCCCAAAUGGGGCUUUAAGGCCUCGGGGUAUGCGACAAAUGCCAACUAUAGCGUGAAGCGGACCACUCUACUUCUGUUCAUCAAUAAUCGCUCUGUCGAUUCAUCGGCUAUCAAGAAAGCCGUCGAGCAGACUUACCAACUGUUUCUUCCGAAAGGAGGCCAUCCAUUCAUCUAUCUCAGUCUUGACAUUGAGCCCACCAGAGUCGAUGUCAAUGUUCAUCCAACAAAGCGAGAAGUACAUUUUCUCAAUGAAGAUGAGAUCAUAGAAGUCGUUUGCUCUGAUAUACGAGAGCGACUGGCAAAAGUCGACACCAGUCGAACAUUCAAAACACAAACAUUGCUGCCAGGACUUAGUCCCAUGACGCCGAUAAACAUGAAAUCAACAGGGCUUACAGAUUCACCUUCAACUUCUGGGAGCGUACCACGAAAUAAAUCCUCCACAAAGAAGCCAUACGAAAACAAUCUGAUACGUACAGAUUCACAAAUGCGCAAGAUAACUUCAAUGUUACCUCCUGCUCUAACACCUGGUGCUUCCAUUGACGAAUCAUCUGGUUCUGCAGAUGGCAUAAUCUAUACUGCCACUGAUCGUGAACCAAUUCAGAUCCGCCUCUCAUCCGUCAAAAAGCUUCGUGCUGAUGUUCGAGAAUCCAUGCAUAAUAAUCUCACGGAGGUUUUUGCAUCACUCACCUAUGUUGGUCUUGUUGAUAGCAGGAGAAGAUUAGCAGCAGUUCAGUCUGGUGUGAAUCUUUACCUCGUUGAUUAUGGAAUGACGGCACAUGAGUUCUUCUAUCAAGUGGGUCUCACAGACUUCGGCAAUUUCGGGCUCAUCCAACUCCAGCCAGCACCAAGACUGCAAGAUUUGCUUGAAGUCGCCGCACAGCAUUACAUUGACACAGAGUCAGAUUGCGCAAAUCUAGACAAGGAUGAAGUUGUCCAGAAAGUGUACGAUCAACUGAUGAACCGGAAACAAAUGAUCUCUGAGUACUUUUCAAUAGAGAUCUCUGAUGACGGACUUGUUGAAGCAAUUCCUUUACUACUCAAGGGAUAUCUUCCUUCAAUGGCUAAGCUUCCCACCUUUCUCCUAAGACUUGGACCAUUUGUCAAUUGGACGGAAGAGGAGGAUUGCUUCAGAACGUUCUUACGAGAGCUUGCUUCAUUUUAUGUGCCUGAGCAAUUACCUGAACCGAGCUCAGCCCCACCCACCAAUAUGGAGGCUGAAGACAUGGAUCUCGAGGACCCAUCAAAUGAAGAUCAACAGACUGGUACUCCUUCAAAUGACAUCGAUGCCAGUAUCGAAAACAGGCGUAAGGAGGUUGUUUACGCGCUUGAACAUGUCCUCUUUCCAGCUUUCAGAUCUAGGAUCCUGGCUACAGAAGCAAUGGUAAAGGGUGUUGUGGAGGUCGCCAACUUAAAAGGCUUAUACCGGGUUUUCGAACGCUGCUGA